AGCCUGGGCUUCUGGCCGCUAUCACAGAUGGUGCAGCUGGGAGUGGGGCCUGGCCCCAAAUAAUUGCACAAGUCCCCGACGCCACCACUACCUUGUGGAAAGGAGCCCAUCUGCCCUUCUGCCCCUUCUGCUGUGAUGAUCUCCAGCCCCAGGCCAGUAGCUGCCAAAGGAUGCAGAAAAAUAGGAAGGACUAGCCAGGCCUGGGGAGACCCACAGAAGCCCCAAGAGCUGCUGUUUCCAGCCAGGGCAAUCCAAGGAUGGGCAUGAGGCUGGGGGCCAGAUCAGGAGGCUGAGGACCAGCCAUAGCUUCUGCCCUACUCAGUCAUGGAAAGGGGAAGUGGCCCAGCUAUGGGGGCCUCUACAUUUCCUGUGGAGGAUACCAGCCCUCAACCCCUCCCUGCCAGACACCCCUGGCUCUUUCCCUUUCCACCCUGGGGAGCCCCUGCCCACCCUCUGGGGCUGUAAGCCUGGAUCGAGAGCCCUGGGGCUGCGUGACCAUGGUCCUGAUUUCGCUUACUUGGAACCUACAAGCCUAGAAAGAAGGUUCAGCCCGGGGCCAGCAAGUGUCUGCUACUGUGGGGGUUGCUGUGGACAGACCGCCGAGGGCUUCAAGACAGACAGGCCAACAGAGAGAGCCCUUGGAAUCUGAAUCUGGGGUGAGCAGGGUGGGGAGGCCUGUGGGAUGUCGUGAGCCACUGGCCCUGAGCACCUGUGUCCAUGGUCAGGGUCAGGGUGUGCAGGCUGAGUCCCCUAGAGCCUGGGUGGCCCCCAGCACCCAUCUAUGUCUGCUGCUGCCCAUGUGCUGGCCGGACCUGAACCUCUACCCCAGGUGUGAAGUCAGCUGAGGAUAGUGGUUGCUGCUGCCCAAAGCCACCUCCAGGGUGGGUGGGGGGAGGAACAGAAGGUUCCCCCACUUUCCUGGCCAGGGCGGAUAAGAGGUGGGGUGGAGACAGGCGAGCUGUGAUUUCAGAGCAUCCUGAGGUGAAGGUGGCUGAGAUUCAGAGCCCGGGCUGUGGGGCGGCAGAUUCUCAAUGCACCUUGCUGGGUGCAGCCUGGCCCGAAGGUUUGGGGCCCUGGGGAGCCUGACUUGUGCAGCCCUGCUGGGGGCCUUCUGGCUCCUACAGCUGCUCAGGCCGGGCCCCAGGGCAACACCCCCAGCCCCACUCACCAUCCUGGUCUGGCACUGGCCCUUCAGCCAGCAGCCCCCCGACCUGCCACGGGACACGUGUGCCCGUUUUGGCGUGGCCCACUGCCACCUGAGUACCAACCGCAGCUUGCUGGGCCAGGCCGAUGCCGUGGUCUUCCAUCACCGGGAGCUGCAGUCCCAGCUGGCCCACCUGCCCCUGGCUGCACGCCCACCAGGCCAGCCCUGGGUGUGGGCAUCCCUGGAGUCCCCCAGCUACACGCGGGGCUUGGGUCGCCUCAGUGGCAUCUUCAACUGGGUGCUGAGCUACCGGCGGGACGCUGACAUCUCUGUGCCCUAUGGCCAUUUGGAGCCCCGCCGGGGCCCACCGCCACCCCUGCCCCCCAAGAGUGGGCUGGCAGUGUGGGUGGUGGGCAACUUCCAGGAGCGGCAGCAGCGUGCUCGGCUUUUUCGGCAGCUGGAGCCGCACCUUAGGGUGGACUUGUUCGGCCGUGCCACCCGACGGCCGCUGUGCGCUGGCUGCCUGCUGCCCACGGUGUCCCGCUAUCUUUUCUACUUGGCCUUCGAGAACUCCCAGCACCGAGACUACAUCACAGAGAAGUUCUGGCACAACGCGCUAAUGGCCGGCACAGUGCCCGUGGUGCUGGGCCCCCCUCGGGCCACCUAUGAGACCUUUGUCCCUCCGGACGCCUUCAUACACGUGAAUGACUUUGAUUCAGCCCGCGAGCUGGCCUCCUUCCUCGCCGGCAUGAACCAGAGCAGCUACCGCCGCUACUUCACUUGGCGACAUCGGUUCCAGGUCCGGCUCAUCAAUGACUGGAGGGAGCGUUUCUGCACCAUCUGCAAGCGCUUCCCUCACCUGCCCCAGGGCCAGGUGUACCAGGACUUGGAGGGCUGGUUCCGGGCCUGAGCACCCCUGUUC